AUGCGGCAGCCUGCCCAGGAAACCCGGAUGUGGGGCUCGAUUACGGCGCGAUUCGCCGACGCCGAUACAGGACGGAUCUUCUAUAUUCGGGUGCUGCGCAAUGGCGGUUACAGCACACUCCCAGGUCUCGGAAAUAACCGUGUGCGAACGGUGCUGAACCCACUUUCAUCAAUCCACCUGUGA